AAAAAAAAAAAAAUAUAUAUACAAAAAGAUCAAGAAAGAUAAAAUAGAAGAAAUGAAGGUUGUUGAAGUUCUUCACAUGAAUGGCGGAAUUGGAGACAUUAGCUAUGCAAAAAAUUCCUUGGUUCAGCAAAAGGUGAUUCUCAUGACAAAGCCAAUAACAGAGCAAGCCAUAACUGAUCUCUACUGCAGUCUCUUCCCACAAAACUUAUGCAUUGCGGAUUUGGGUUGUUCCUCUGGAGCUAAUACUUUUAUAGUUGUAUCGGAGCUCGUUAAAAUCGUCGAAAAAGAACGAAAGAAGCACGGGUUUCAGUCACCAGAGUUUCAUUUUAACUUCAAUGAUCUUCCUGGCAAUGACUUUAAUACCAUUUUCCAGUCAUUGGAUAUAUUUCAACAAGAUUUGAGAAAGCAAAUAGGAGAAGAGUUUGGUCCAUGCUUUUUUAGUGGAGUGCCUGGUUCAUUUUAUACUAGGCUUUUCCCUUCCAACAGCUUGCACUUUGUUCACUCCAGUUACAGUCUCAUGUGGCUAUCUCAAGUUCCUGAUGCAGUUGAGAAUAACAAGGGGAAUAUUUACAUUGCAAGUACAAGUCCCCCAAGUGUUAUUAAAGCAUACUACAAACAAUAUGAAAAAGAUUUUUCCAAUUUUCUCAAGUAUCGUUCUGAAGAAUUGGUGAAAGGUGGGAAGAUGGUUUUAACAUUUUUAGGAAGAGAAAGUGAGGAUCCAACUAGCAAAGAAUGCUGCUAUAUUUGGGAGCUUUUAGCCAUGGCCCUCAAUGAGUUGGUUGUACAGGGAUUGAUAGAAGAAGAGAAAGUUGACUCAUUCAACAUUCCUCAAUAUACACCAUCACCAGGAGAGGUGAAAUACGCAGUUGAGAAGGAGGGAUCAUUCACCAUUAAUCAAUUGGAAGCUACAAGAGUCCAUUGGAAUGCUUGUAAUGAGAACUAUAAAAAUGGUGGUUACAGUGUCUCAAGGUGCAUGAGAGCUGUGGCUGAGCCUUUGCUUGUGAGCCAGUUUGGCGAGGAAUUAAUGGAUUUAGUAUUCCACAAAUAUGAAGAGAUUAUAUCUGAUUGCAUGUCCAAAGAGAAGACAGAGUUUAUAAAUGUCACUGUCUCCUUAACCAAAAGAAAUAAUUAACCAGAGGCAGAUUUAGAAUGAUUCAAUGGAUUCAUCAACGACCAGAAUUAUGUAUACAUAUAAUAAGAGUACAUUUGUUUAAAUUGAGUGGUGUUAAAUUCUGGAUUUCGUCGCUACCUGCAGAUUGAUGGACACCAAUUCUCUAACGUUGUUUUGCACUUCAUAUGUGUGGUCAGGCGCUGCUAAUCUUAUGUUGUCGCUGUCUUGUUUACUAGGAGGAGUUUCUGAUCUCUCUUUCUUGGAAAGUCCUGUACCACAGAAAAUAUCUCAUGUCAAUUUGUUAUUCAACGAAGAAAAUGUGUUGUUUUGUAUUUUAUUAGAUAAAAGAGAAAGGUACCCGAUUUACCUACA